AUGUUGACAUCAGUGACUUUAGUUUUCCCAAUUUUUGGAACAGUUCCGAUCAGAAGAACAAGUGAAGAAGAACUUAUUGCGGCCAGAAUGCAGGCCAAAGUUCGUGAUCUGAAUGCCGAUCCGAACACUGAAGAGGCACAUGGCCUUCAUCUUGCCGUCGUUCGGACCAAAUUUGAUUCCGAGAAGAAGUACAAUGGAGGGGGAAUGGUCAGCAGCGUGGAAAUGCCGUGGUCCAAGGGAUCCCAGUACAGUGGGGGCCAAAUCAAGAUCCAGAAUGGCCCUGAUUUCAUUCAAGCUGGGUGGAUGUUGUCUUGCUUCAAUGCGCAAUGUCAGGGGUUCGUUCUCGCGCGCUCGGACCACCCGGUGGGACGCGGUUCUGCAGAACAUCUCUCGCACCCAAGGACCGGUGUACACGAUCCGGCUAGUGGAUCGUGGUGGCUAGAGCUUGGCGAAAACUACACGGUGGUUGGGUUUUGGCCGCAAGAAAUAUUCUCCUGCGGUGGCGGCGGCUUGCGAGACUUGGCCACUUACGUUGAAUGGGGAGGCCAAGUGUACAGCCCGCCGGAUGUCCCCAGCCCGCCCAUGGGACGUGCCGCCAUGCCGCUGCCCAACAUCCUGUACGACGCCUCUUGUCAGGACAUGACCACCAUUAACGAGAACCACGACACAGAGGCUGCCGAAGAAACCGAAACGUAUGCCGGCCAGGACAAGUACUACCAGGUUGGGGACAUGGGCCAUAAGAAGGCCCCGCUCCCACCGCGCCAUGACGUACGGCGGGCCCGGCGGGGCCACCGGUUGGGCCUGACGAGGCUUCCAUUACUUGAGAUUGUUCCUUGGCUUUUGGCCGUCGAUAGCUUGAAACUUCACAUAAGUUCUCCAUCGUGCAAUCUCAUGUUGAAUACUAAAUAA